UUUAAAUAUUAAAAGUAUUAGAAAUAUUAAGAAUUUGGUGCAUCUGUUAUUUUGGGUACCAAAUAGCCAAGCUUCCUCUUUAAUGCAUCAGUUGGUUAUUUAUUUGAUCCGCUAUACUUUUUAUUAGAUUUAAUAAUACCUCUCAAUACUUUAAAACUUGAUGACCAUUACAACACCGGAAUUUUCAUCUGGUACCCAGGUAUAAAUUGUUUGCUCAAUGAACCUAUCUGAUAGCGAUGGAUUUAAAUUUGUGUCUUAUAAAAAAGGGAGGAAAGGAAGGACCUCAGUAGUAGCCUCUCAUGGAAAAAGAGUUGAUUCAAAGUGUAUGUCCUCUAACUUGGAAUCUUCUAGGCAUUUUAUCAAACUAGAUCAAGAAAGAAUCACAAGUCUUCAAUUUGAUCUAGAGAAAUCUGAGUUUUUUAAUGAUCUUAAAAAAUCAUUGAGCAGUAUUUUUACGAAGCAGACAUUAAAAACAAAAGGAAGUGAUCUCUCUGAAAGCAUCAGUGCUAUAUCAUUAUCUGAAGCUGGAAAGGAACCUACUGAUAUCGUUUGCUAUGGACUUGGUGCCUUCUCAUCUUGCAUGAUAGCUCGGUAUCAACUCGCUUUCUUGCUAGCUUUAAAAAGUUAUCUUGAAAUAAAAGCAGUAAGCCUUUACGAUCCAAUAUUUAGUUGUGAUGAGAAAGAUUGCUUGAUAAAACUAGGACUUGACGUUUUGAGCGUGAAUGAGAAAGCUAAAAGAUCUGUUAGUCAAAGAACUAUUUUUUUCAUGCCACAUUGUGAUUUACCAUUGUAUAACAAUUUAUUGUGGUCUAAUUGGAAUGUAAAACAAAUGGUUAACAUCAUAAUUAUUGGGAACAGUUUUUCUAAUUACAAGCGCUUACCUAAUGCUCAGUUGGAAAAAAGAGGUGGUUAUAUUAACCGAGCUAAUGAAUUUGUCACCGAAUUGAAGAUGUCUAAUAAUUAUGUAUUUAAAGAUGUAUUCAAUGACAUGUCUAUUCAUUAUUUUAAAGAGGAAUCAUUGUCUAAAGUGCCUGCUAAAACAUGGCUAGAUGUUUCUGAACCUGUUUAUGAAUUAGAUGAUUUAAUAAAUUACUCCUAGUACUAUA